CCGAUCAAAAAAGUGCAAAUUGGUCGGUCUUCUUCAUCAGUUGUAUUCUACAGUUGCCUGUAAACCCUAACUUCGGAGGGGAACCAAGACAUUGUUGAGGAGUCUUGUGUGGGGAGGGUGCGAGAGAGGUGAGGAGUGCUGGGAGGGGUUUCAGGAUGCGCCUGAGGCCAUGGACGCGGCCGUGCUUGGCAACACGGCCGCAGUUGGUCCUCCCGCGUCUCAGUCGCCUCGGAAUUCUAGAUUUGCAGAGUUCGAUGCCGGGUGAUCUCGUGCCCUGUCGAGGCGUCGGUGGCGUUUCGGGGGCGGCAGGGAGCGGGACACCGGGGGAGAGAUAUGUGGGUGGUUUUUGGAGAGAUGAGAGAGCUUGUGGUAUUGUGGGUGAUGAACGGUCCAGACUCAAUAUAUGUUCAUUAAAUGCAACCAAGGAGCAGGUCAGAGGGGUUUCUGGAAAGACUGGUGGAGGUGGUGGAACCAGGGGAGGAGAAAUUGGAGGCAUGGGAGCUGCAGGAUUAAUUUCUAUGGCGAACGUGACGAGGAGGAACUUUGUAGAGUCGUUGGAGCAGCUCAGAGGGCAGCUGGCAGGAGCCGAUUUCGUGGCAGUGGAUUUGGAGAUGACUGGAGUAGAAAGUACGAAGUGGCGACGCAACUUGGAACUUGAUAGCUAUGAGACAAGAUACCAGAAUUUGAAGCAUUCUGCGGAGAAAUUUGCUGUGUGGCAGUGUGGGGUCUGUCCUUUCAAGUGGGACGAAGCGCACAACAAGUGGGUAGCAUACCCGUACAAUUUUUUCAUUUUUCCUCGUAAUGAAUUGCAGCUGGAGCUGCCGGCGCGUAGCUUUUUCGCACAGACUACUUCUCUGGAGUUUUUGACUAAGCAUCGGUUUGACUUUAAUGCGUGCAUUUACGACGGCAUUUCUUAUCUUUCGCAUGAACAAGAGGCUGUUGCAAGGGUGCUCAUGGGUUCAGUUUCUGUGAAACAAAAUUUUCCAUCUGGUGUACACAAUUCCUCUGAAAUCCCGUUGACCAAACCUGGGGAUGUAGCCUUUGUGGAGAAAAUUCGCACGCAGAUUGGAAGAUGGCGCGACGAGUUGCUCUUUAAUCGCCAGAAGUGGCAAGUGGUAAACGAGAAGUUGAUAACUACUAGUACUUUAGUUCAACCCCCUCCUUAUUCUCCUCUCGUUCCUUUGCCCACCUCUGACAUUGGCAAUGAUUCAGUCACCAUUAAGCAGGAUAUAGACGUAGGGCCAUCGUUGGGAAGCUUACGACCCUCAUUGAACAUUGACGUUACAAGCCACUACCAAUCGAGGCUCGUCCAGCAGAUAAUCAAGACACAUUUUCCCGACCUCGUCGCCGCUGUGAAUGCGAGAGGCAAUGGUCCACACGAUCGGAUCAGAAUUCGAGUCAUCUACGUUUCUCCGAAGGAAGAUAUGUCUAAAGUGAUUCAAGAAUUGGCCGAUGAGGAGCGGAAUGCAUUGGAGACGCGCGUCUCGAAUGCUGUGGGGUUCCGAAAAGUGUUGGACGCAAUUGCGGAAGCCGGUCUUCCCGUUGUGGGUCAUAACUGCAUUCUCGACAUGACACACAUUUAUUCCAAAUUCGUUGGUCCUUUACCUGCUACAUCAGCAGAAUUUUCUUCGUCUUUGCGGCAACAAUUUCCUUGUGUUAUAGAUACGAAGUAUCUUCUCAGAGCGGAACCAACGUUGCGGGGCAUAUUAGCCAGCCGAAGCACAUCUUUAGCUGUUGUAUUUACUCAUAUCUGUCAGGUAUUCGCAGACAAGGCCGUGGCUUCAGGCAGGUUUUAUUUUGGAAAAGGCAAGAUCCUCAACAAUGCGUUUACAAAGGUUGCGGUGGAAGUUGCAGAAGAAUUUCAACGGUAUGGAGGGACCAAAGACACGGGAUUAAAACAUGAGGCAGGUUUUGAUGCUUAUAUGACAGGUUCCGUGUUUGCUCAGGCUUGUCACCUGCUUCACGUUGAUGCUGCUACGAUUCGAAAAAUUCCAGAUGCUGUGAAGGUCGGAGAACAAGGCUUUGCAAGCUAUGCAAAUUUGUUAGCAUUGGGAUGGGUAGGCAACAUGGUGCUGGACCUGACUACUGGAAAAGAGGCCACAGGUGUGAAAGCCCUCCGAGGUCCCACGUCCUCUGCGGAUAGGCAUCCCGAGCACUCCACAGUGGCUCUUGUGUGGGGAUUUCCUUCAGGCAGCAAUGAAUUUGAGAUAAGACUAAUUGUUCAGCGAGUUUUCAACGCUGAGCGGAAAUUUCCACCUGCUGAUAUAACAAUCAUUGAUGAGAGCUCAGCUUUUGUACAUUUUAGGGAUUCACGCCACAUGCAUCAAUUUUUGCGGUUGAUGCAAGGACCCCGUAUUUCUGACGCAAUUCCUACAAGUUUUCGAGCAGCUCCGUAUCAAGCUUAUGAGGUUCUUUGUAGGUCACCAUUGACAACAGAGAGGUUGGUUGAUUCGGCUAACAUAUUGCUACUGGAUCGAUUCUAUUUACAACAGACCCCUGCAGAUACUCUUGUUAGCGAUAUAUCCUCUGUCAAGGUUCUCGAAGAGAUUGGGUAUGCUGAAGUUGGACACAACCAUUAGCAGGAAUCCAGCGAUCCUGACGUAAGUAUUCAUGGGUUGAUCAACCAUUGAGAGAGCACGUCCGAGCAGACCAAGCAGUACAAUUACGUAUUCUCGCUGCACAGAAAUAAUUUUUGCAGCUGGAUGAAGUGGUCGUUCGGAUUGGGAGAAAAGGCAUCAUGCUGGCCUAGCUCAAGGAUACGAUCACACUGCCAAGAUCCUGUAGAUAGCUCUUCCAACUGAAAAAAAGAAGGCGUUUGGACUUUGGCUAGAUUUGAAUCACAACAGGCAUCAGAAAUUUGCGGUUUGACCGGAAACUCCCUUGUUGGUGACCUCCAGAUUUUGACUCCAGUAAAAAGGUGGCCAGCAGUUAGUCGAGGGUUUCUAAGAUGUUGCUUGCGUGCUGCAGAAGAGUUAUAUCUAAUUUCACAUUUCAGAUGACAAAUCAAAGUCAGUAUUUCAUAUACUUGGUUUCUGCAGAAACUUGUAAUCUCUAAUUUGUUUUUGCUCAAUGUUUUUGAAUGUGUUACCAUCUCACAUUCUGCCUUCUUCAAGGCCUUGUUUAGAUCUAUGAUGUACCUUCACAUAUGUUGAUUUCAACUGUACUUUUCUCAAUAGAGAUUUUCUCUGUUUUUUUCGUUUAA